AUGUCUGACAUCUAUCUUCUUAGUGAAAGCAGUGGCAGUAGGAAAUCGUCGCUUGUAGAAUCCCUAUUUAAGUCAGACGAACCUUCCACCUUCCCACUGAGUCCGAAGCUCCGUCACGAUCAUCUAAUCGGAUUCAGUCACCGGCGGCUCGGCAGCCGAGGAUCCUCAUUCUCUCGAGUACAUUCCUACCUCAGCCAACUGGCCAAUGUUGAAGAGGAAGAAAAAAUCGCCACUGGCUUGCGGGUAAAAACCCUCCGUCGGCGGUUGCGGAUGCCUAAAUACCAAGCACUGCUCUUGCUUGUCGCAGGUGUCUUAGUCUACCAGUGCGUAUUCCGAUCCACGUCACCAAAGACCACUCCCUCGGCCAGCCCAGCCGCCGAAACAACAACACCUCUAGUAGUCCUACCCAUGGUCUCCCUCGAUGAUCCUCACCCGCUUCGGAAAAUCAUUCAGGACGCUCAAGAGUCUUGGAAAACUAUCCAAAAGCGCCAGAGUAAAACUUAUCCAGAGGCCGUGCUCGAGUAUCAACGCAGGUACAAAAUCAAUCCACCCAACGGGUUCGACAAAUGGUUUUCAUUUGCUAAAAGCCAUGGUCAUGUCCUAACUGAUGAGUAUGACUCGAUGAUGGAACAGCUCUCAAGCUUCCGGAAAAUGGACCGAAACGAGCUGCAUUCCCGAACGAAUCUGAUCGGUAAGGCUCAAGGAUUCGGGCUGAUAGUCAUGAAGAAUGGCCGGAUAAAUGCCCAGAUCCCCAACAAUCUAUCGUACUCGACUUACACCAAUAAUGACCAUGAGAACCAUGAAUUCAACCUCCAGGAGGGGAGGAUCUAUACGCGCUGGGCAACCUCCGAUAAACCGGCCCAUAAGGAAAUCAAGCAGACUCAAACGUGGGCGUUCUCUAAGUUGAUCGAGAAGAUCACCCGGCUCGAUCCGACACUCUUUCAAGAUAUGAGUCUGGCUAUCAACGAGCAUUUCGAGCCGCGUGUCAUUAUACCUUGGGAGACGAAAGAAAACUCGGACGAAGAUCUUAGCCAAAGCUGGAACCACAACCGAUUCGAAGAGCACGACAAUGUGUGGACCAGUUUCCGGAAAGCGUGUCCGCCUAGUUCGGAAGCACGGAAGCAGAACGAUGGGCCCAACUUCCCUGAAGAACUGCUCCCUAGUUCUUCUAUCGAAGGAAAGUGGGAGGAUGGCCCUCAACGAGCCGCACUGGAAGAAUCCCUCACCGCCAAUCGCUCUCCCUUGCGAUUUGUGACCGAGUCUCCUGCUCCGAUUAAGGACAUCUACUGUGAUCAGCCUCAACGUCACCUCGAACAAGGCUUGUUCUUCAGCAAUACUAGUAAGAUCGAAGGCUUGUUUCCCGUCUUCUCUCAAUCGACCGCCCAGGGUUUUGGAGACAUCGUCAUACCGAGUUACUUGUACAUUCGAGAUCCGUAUAAAACACGCGAGUACGCCAAUGAGCCAGUGAGCAAGAGAAGCAGAGGGACAAGCUUCAUAGCAGGCGGACAAGCAAGCAAAAUGGACCCUAGUCUAUGGAAGCCAUGGGACGUCAAGUGGGCCCAGAAGAAAGACCAAAUCUAUUGGAGAGGUCUUUUGCGUGAUGGAGGAGAUCGGCCGAGUGGUUUCCAAUCAAACUUUGGUCGACACAGAUUAGUCAAACGAUUUGGAUCAUCGGUCCGUAGUCGCUCAGAGAGCCUAGUCUGGGACUCCAGUCCGACCAAGCAAUCGAUCUUCGGAUCGAAGGAUUCCGGCCUCAAUUCGCUUAUGGGCAUCGGCACUCUCAAUCCGAAGAUGCUCUCCAAGCAAGUGCUGGACAGAUCGUUCGUCAACCAUAAGACCAUGGAUGUCGGAUAUCUCGCCGAAGAUCAUUGCAGAGCUCAUGAGCCUUGUCAAGAACUCUUGAAGGGCAAACUACCGUCUUAA